AUGCCUACCUACCCCGGUUCCUGCUACUGCCGCAACAUCACCUACGACCUCUCUCUCAACUCCCCCGACGAUGCUCGGGCAUCCCUCUGCCACUGUAGCAGCUGCAAGAAAGCCUUCGGAACCAACUACGGUCUAACGGCGAAGGUCCCCAAGGACGCGCUCACCAUCAAAACCGGCAAACCGAAGGAAUUUGUCGGUGACAAUGGCUCGGGAUCGACGAUCCAUCGCGAAUUCUGCGGUGAUUGCGGAAGCUUUAUCUUGGAAUAUGGGGACGCGGUGAAGAAUGAUUUCCGUUAUAUCUGUGUGGGAUCCUUAGAUGACCCUGAGGUGUUGCCGCCUAAGGGGGAGUUCUUCUGUUCGAGUCGGGCUAGUUGGAUGCCCGAGAUCCCAGAUGUGUUUCACAAGAAGCAAAUCAAAGAGUAA